AUGCAACAGCAGCAGCAACAACAACAGCAAUCCAACAUACAACUAGUAGAGAGCAAUGGACCAUCGUCUCAACAGCAACAACAACAAGAUGUAACAGUGCGCAAUUUUAGUCCCCGCAUGGAUUACAAUAACAAUGAAUGGCGUCCAGUAGGCCGUGGUGACCCAUUGAAGAAUGACCCCACCUUUGAUUAUAGUCCACCAACCUUGGAUCGUGUACGUUAUUGGGCUGAUCCCGAUAAGGAUAAGGAAAACCAACAGGAAGAUGUUGCUACAAAUGUCAUUGAUGCCAAAUUGAAAAAGGCAAAUCCGGGGAAAAAUGAAAUUCUGCUAUUGGGAGUAACAGGAGAUCGUAUAAGAGGUGGUGCUCCCAUACAACCACAACAGCAUCAUCCAUCACAUGUACAUGGUGGCCAAGGGCAUAUUGUGAAAAAUGCCAAGGGAGAAACCCCACUGUUGCAACCCAAGUACACUUCUGUGCGGCGUAGUUAUUAUGCUCAUCAAUUGCCCACACAUUUGAUGCCACCACCCAUGCAACCUAUGAUGCCACAGCAGCAACAACAACAGUCUAUCCAACCUCAAACACCACAAUCCCACUCUCAAUCACAUAUGUCCAUGGGUCACAUGAUGAAACCCCAAGUCCAUGGAGAAUAUCGUCAUCAAAUGAACAUGCCUGCCAGCAGUGGCGGAAGUCAUCAUUCCUAUGUCAACUCCCCAGCUAUGUCUGGAUCCAUGAACAUGCAUGCCAAACCCUAUCACAUGUUAUCCUCAACAUCGUCAUCAUCAUCAGCAUCCUCCUCACAACCCUGGAUGCAUGCUGCAAGUCCACCAGCUUCAUCUAUGAUCACUUCGAUGCCAUCCCAUCAUAUGGCCAAACAACCAAUGGCUCAUGGUGCCAGUCAUUAUUCAGCACCCAGUCAUGGUCAAGUCCAUGAUGCCCAUCAUCAAGAAUCGGUGAAUUAUUUGACCUACACUCGGCCCAGUAUGCAACAUAACACACCCAUGGCAAUAAAUGUUGGUAGUCAUGAAUAUUAUUCCCCCAAUUCGAUUAGAGGUUCGGCAUCCAUUCACAAACAUUCCGCCUCCUCUUCGUCUAGUUCAAGAAAACCCUGGAUCCAUGAUUUGCUGAAAAAGGAAGUCAUAAAAACGGUGAAACCCUCAGUGGCGCCCAAUAGUUAUCACAGUGAAGUGUCGAUAAAGCCAUCGCAUGCCUAUCAUUUGGAAUCCAGUAUGAGGCCACAUCAAAUGGAGCAUCACUUUGAACCAAUGUUAUCCGCCAAUACACCAGUAAGCAGCACAUAUACACCUGUAUCGUUUGUCACGACCACCACCACUACUACGACGAGGAAACCCGUUGCGACCAGCACCACACCCAUGCCCACCCAAGGAGCAAUUUAUAUUACAAGCAGUACCAGUACUACACCUGCAUAUGCCAACUCUCCCACAUUCCCACCCAUAUAUACCCACACCACAGUGUCCACCACACAAGCACCCACCAGGACAACAACCACUUUGAGUCCCACACGCCUGCUCAUACCCAAUACCAGCAAUUUAGCCUAUCGUCCCACAGUGGCUCCCAUUAAAAUGACCACCGAUUCACUGUUCUCGCACUACAAUCAGCCAGAGAAACCUCUAAGGGGUCCGAUGUAUUUAAUUAUCGAAGGUCACUCGAAGGUCAAGACAUAUGGUAAAGAUGAAUUGGAUCCACAUAAACCCAAAAUUGUACCAGUCAUAUCAAGUCGGGAACCUGUAGUGCGCCGUGCUGAUCCCAAUGAGAAACGUGGAACACCAGAAACCUUCCAGGUGAAACAUUUGCACAGCAAGACCACACAGGCCAUGGAGAAGAUAACAACAACUACAGCCAAACCCGCCACCACCAAGACCACCACUGGAUCGACAACUAAGAAACCCAGUGUGACCACAAGUAAGCCGAGCGUAAAGGCCUCAACGGAAAAAUCCAAGCCAGCUACCACCAAAAAGCCGGUAGAGCCCUCGGCCACCAAGAAGCAAGUGGCGCCCAACAGUAAGGCUGCACAAAGCUCAACAACCACCACAGCAAAACCUGUGACCACAACAAAGGCAACCAAAAAAACAGCACCCAAAUUAAGUGUGACCACCAGCAAGACAACACCGAGUACCAAUUCCACCACCACAACAACAACCACAACUCCAAAACCCAAACCUCAACCCACUAAAGAAGCAAAAAUCCCUGCCUCAAAAACUCCCGUUAAAGAAGAAAAACUUAGUCCCAAUAAUUUAAAUGUUUUGGAUACGAUGAAAAAACCCAGUCUUAGUCUAACUGGACCCACAGCUAUGCAAGGAUUGCUUAGCUUCCUGGAUUCCUCAUUGGAUUCUCUGCUCAAAGAAGAAAAACCCACAGCUGAACAAACGAAACCCAUUACACCAACUGGAACCACCAAACUGAAGUCGAUAAGUAUGAAUUCGGAAGAACCCAAAAUUGAGGCGCGGGUCAGUACCAAACUUCAAGCCAUAAAGGCCGAAGAUUAUGAGGACUAUGACGAAGCAGACUUGAAGGCGAUGAAAACAACAACCGAAUAUUUACCACGUGAAACCCGACAAAUAUUCGAUUAUGAUCAGCUGCCUGAAUCUCGGCUAACCGGUCAAAAGGAUAACUCCGCCGUCUAUGACGAUGAAGAUGACCUCUCCUCAUUGGGAUUUGAUGAUGAAUAUGAAUACGAAGAGGUGGAAGAGGAGUCAGCAGCCGGUUCACAACUUAUCAAACGCAUUGAUGCUUUGGUAGAUGAUGAUUUCUCGCAAGCCCAUUUGGAAGCUCUAAAUUUGGCGCGACAACAAAAGGCAACGAAAGCGUAA